AUGGUCAAAGAGACAAAGCUCUACGACCUGCUGAAUAUCAGCCCCAAUGCCACGCAAGAUGAGAUCAAGAAGGCCUACAGGAAAGCUGCGCUGAAAUGGCACCCAGACAAGAAUAAGGACAACCCGCAAGCCGCCGAGAAGUUCAAGGAGGUGUCGCAAGCCUAUGAGAUCCUCUCCGACCCAGAAAAGCGCAAAAUAUAUGACCAGUUUGGCCUCGAGUUCAUCCUGCGCGGCGGCCCUGCACCAGAUGCCGGUGGCACUGGCCCGCAUCCGUUCGCUGGCGGUAUGCCCGAGGGCUUCUCGUUCUUCAACAUGGGCGGCGCUCCUGGCGGUGCCAGCUUCCACUUCUCUACAGGUCCCGGCGGUGGUGGUUUUGCCUUCAGUGAUCCCGAGGAAGUGCUGCGUCGAGCAUUCGGCGGUACUAACAUCUUCGACGACCUCUUUGGCGGUGCCGCUGGCCGGGCUUCCGGCUCGGGUGGGCCUCGGGCGCGCGCAAGCCGGAGUUCGUUCGGUGCAGACACUAUGCGCGAUGCCUUUGGCGGUGGUACGGACAGCGCGCGCGGCACUAGGGCGUCCACGCCCGAGGUCACCACUGUAGAGAGGCCUCUGCCAGUCACGUUGGAGGAGCUGUUCCACGGCACGACGAAGAAAAUGAGGAUCAAGAGGAAGCUGUUCGAUGAAACUGGCAAGCGCAGGAUGGACGAGAUUAUCCUGGAAGUUAACAUUGAAAAGGGGCUCCGUAAGGGCACCAAGAUCCGUUUCAAGGGCGUUGGUGACCAAGAGGAGGGUGGCAGGCAGGACCUUGCGUUUGUCAUUGAGGAGAAACCGCAUCCACUCUUCGUCCGCGACAAAGAAGACCUGUACCACACUAUCGAUCUGUCACUCAAGGAGGCGCUUACGGGCUGGCACCGCACCAUCACCACCAUCGACGGCAAGCAGCUCCCAAUCGAAAAAACCGGCAUCACGCAGCCCGGUAGCCAAGACGUGUACCCGGGCUUGGGCAUGCCUGCGUCCAAGAAGCGUUCCAGCACGAAUGCUCGCGGCAAUUUCAUCGUCAAGUAUAACGUAAAGUUCCCGACAGAGUUGACAGAAGAGCAGAAGAAAAAGCUGAGGGAGAUUCUGUGA